CUCAUUCUUGCAGGAAGAGGGGCAAUAUCGCCAUUUCCAGGUGGCUGUGCUUUUUUUCCCAACCAGGACGACGUCGGAUUCGUGCCUCGUGCAACCUGGCUUUUGUGGAUCUGGUUCAGCACUGCUUUCGACGGAGACGGCCCACCCGAUUCGCCUUCUUUUCGUCAGAUUCUUCUGCUUUUGUCCAGUCUUGGUUGUUCCUUCUGAGCCGACAGAUGCCCGUAAAGGUUCUUUCCCGGGGAGACAGCUCUCUCCCAGUUUAGCGCACCCAGUCUGGGGAUACGGUUUAGUCGUCUGCGUUCUCGCACGUGUGAAAACAGAUCGCGUUCCCUGGCGCUGUCUUCCCCGGGGCGUCUCCUGGUUCUCGAGUACCGUUUCUCCUUCCGUCUCUCGUUUCUUCCUGGUCCUUGUCUCUCGGGGCACUUUUCUCAGGCAUCGCUGCGCCUCGGACUGGCAUCUCAGCAUUCCUCCUGUUCUCCCUCGAAGGGACCUUUUUCUGUGAUAGCGGCUAAGACAAGAUGGGGAACACUCAGAGUGGACCACAGAUCGUGUACAACGUCCCCAUUGAGGACCCGGUUCCGGCAGGAAAGAAAAGAACGUCAAUCUACCGCUCGGUCUUCAGCCCAGAUGCGAUAGUGGACAACUUUGCCGACCGCCCAUGUCAGAGCGCCUGGGACCUGUUUCAGCGCGGUGUUGCCAUCUCCGGAGAAAAACGGUGUCUCGGAACUCGCGUGAAGAACGCGGAUGGGACACUCGGCCCGUACCAGUGGAAAACGUAUCGCGAGGUGGAGCAGCUGGCUCUCGAAGUGGGAAGUGGCAUCUUGAGUCUUCCAGACGCAGCUCCCAAGCUUCACUUCGAAGAAGAAACUUUUCAGCAGGACAUGCGCUUCCUCGCUUUCUACAGCAAGAACAGAGAAGAGUGGGCGAUCUGCGAGCAAGCGUGCAAUGCGUACGGCAUCACGAUUGUGCCCUUGUACGACACACUGGGACCUGAGAGCACAGCGUUUAUUUUGGCGCAGACUCGACUUCGUUCUGUCGUGGCUUCUGAGGAGUGCGCGCGGCGUCUGCUGGACUCAAUCGAAGCGGCAAAAAGUUCUCUCGCUGGAGAACCUGAAGAAGCCGUGAACGCUUCUCGCGUGACGCCUGAAACUUCAGAGGACGCCGCAGAGCAAACCACCGAAGGAGCAGGCAAAGAAGAAGCGACGGAGACAGCAGGAAGAGAAGAAGGAAAGAAGGCGGUGGCGGAGUUGAAGGCAGGAGAAAGCAAGGCAGAGAAGGAAGAGAUCUUUGUCAAGUAUCUCUUUCUCAUGGAUGACCCAGGAGCACCUGCAAAAGACUUGCUUGACCAAGCGACAAAGCUGGGAAUCCAAGUUUUCACUUGGCGUCAUUUACUCGAAAAGGGAAAAGAAAAUCUUAUUCCGCUCACGGAUGACGUUGUCGCUAAAUUGUCUACAGUGAGCACCGUCUGCUACACCUCAGGCACGACAAGCAGACCCAAGGGGGUGCUCAUGUCACAUGGGAACUUCGUCGCGACAAUUGCCGGAGCUGUGCGCGGACCGCUGACAGUCCCGUCGAUGGCUUUGCACCCAGAGGACACGUAUCUUUCUUAUCUUCCUCUCGCCCACGUUUACGAACGGUCUCUGCAGAACAUUCUGUUCUCUCUCGGCGGCUCUGUCGGAUUUUACGGGGGCAAUACUCUGAAGUUGCUGGACGACAUGCAAACGUUGGAGCCUGCCGUCUUCAGCAGUGUCCCGCGACUCUUCAACCGAAUCCACGACCGCGUUCUGGACAGCGUGAGAGACAAGUCGACUGUCGCUCAAACGCUUUUCAAUCAAGGAAUGACCACGAAGAUCCGCAAGAUCAGGGCCACUGGAUCUCCUGUUCACGCCAUGUGGGACAAGCUUGUCUUCAACAAGACAAAAGUUCUGCUAGGAUCCAAGCUGCGCUACAUGCUCGUCGGCUCUGCUCCUCUCGAUGUGUCUGUACACGAGAAGAUCGAAGCUCUAUUCAGCACUCCUGUCGUCGAGGGGUACGGCAUGACGGAGACGAUGGCCGCUUCGUUUAUCUCCAUAGCUGGAGAGAACACUGCAGGGCACAUUGGCGGGUGUUGCCCGUGCGUCGAGUUUUGUUUGUUCGACAUUAGCGAUGAGAUGCCUCAGCACCGAAUCGACGAUCCGGAGCACCCUGCAGGCGAACUCUGUCUGCGCGGCCCGACGAUCACUCCAGGCUACUUCAGGAAUCGAGAAGAAACUGAAAAAGCUUUCGACCAAGAUGGCUGGCUGCACUCGGGGGACGUCGCCGUCAUCGUCCCCGGAUCCAACGCAGUGAAAAUCAUCGACAGAAAGAAGAACAUUUUUAAGCUCGCACAGGGAGAAUAUGUGUCGCCAGAAAAAAUCGAAAAUGUCUACAUUCAAGCUCCUCUCGUCGCCCAAGCCUUCGUCACUGGCUACUCCUCUCAAUCUUGCUUGGUGGCCAUCAUCGUGCCCGAUGCAGAGAAGGCCGAGAAGUGGGCGGUGCAGCGGAAGCUCGCCGACACAAGUUUGGAGACUGUCUGUACACUCCCCGAGUUCCACCGGGCAGUAACGGAGAGCAUGGCGGCUGUUGCGAAGGAACAUCAGUUGAAAGGAUUCGAAGUUGUGAAGCACUUCCGCCUCGUCAGCGAGCCUUUUUCGAUUGAAAACGAGUUGCUGACUCCGACCAUGAAAAUCAAACGCUACGUUGCCAAAGAGUUUUUCGCCAAGGAGAUCGACGCCCUUUAUUCGGAGAUGGAGACGGAGAGAGCGAAGGCGAUUUAGUCCCGUUUCCGUUCAUUCGACGAUUUCAUGUUUGACUGGCAAGACGCAGGCCUUCACUCUUUUUUCCUGAGAGAAGGAAGGGGGAAAAAGCAUCGUGCCACUCGCGCCUCUCUCCUCUUCUCCACCUUCUGUUUUCCUUUCCACGCUCUGCUUCUCAUUUGCUCUGUCGGCGAGUGUUUGCUUAGAAAAGGAGACAGGAGGUCUUUUGUAGCGAAGAGGGGACGGGGACAGGAGAAGAGAGCAGAUUUCACAGGGCGAAGAGGACAGAAGUGAUCGGGACAGCUUCUUAGAAAAGACGAGAGGCAGGAAAGAGGCGCGACGCAGAGACACACGAGAGCUGCAAUGAUGGGACGGCAAACGGUGGUAAGCAAGAGGGCGACGGCGAAGAACGAACUCGCAGCGUUUGCCCACGAGGAAGGGAGAUUCCUCUGAGCUGAAGAGAAGCAACAGGGAAGAUGCGAUGCAAGUGCCAUGCAGAACUUCAGAAUUGCCUGCCUACAGUUUCCUUUUCUCCGAGACUCGAAGGAGUCGGUGGCGAUCACUCUGGCAGACAUAGGGACGCCCACGAGUCUGUGUGCCUCUUCUGAUCAAUGUAAACACACGUAUAGAAAUAUGCAUAUACAUCUACAUAUAUAUAUAUAUAUAUAUAUGCAUGCAUUUGUAUGUAUACAUUAGUGGAUUCAUUAAACGGAAGUGCGUCGCAGUCCACCUGCAGAAUACGUACACAAAUGGGAUGUCGACCACUAGAUUUCUGCGUUGUCGUCUGGGAUGCCGUGCGCCUGUUAGCUUCAAACGCAUGUGCAUGUUUAAGUAAAAAGAGUGCACGUUUGCGGAGAAAGCCGCGCACAUUCGGAAGAGUCGAGAUUCGGCCUGGGAGCCCGAAGCACGCGAAGAUCUUUUUCGUGUUGGCUUGUUUCCUCAAUUU